AUGGUGAAUCUCAUCCUUUCUUUUCCUAUAUAUAUCACAAACAGAACCCCUCUCGCUCUUCCCUCAGAGGAUACAUCAACGAUGGCAGCAAGCAACGAGAUCGCCCUCGAGUUGGCCCCCAUCAUCCGCAUCUACAAGGACGGCCGCAUUGAGCGCUUAGACGCCGACGUGCAACUCCCUCCUUCCGUCGACACCGCCACCGGCGUCGUCUCCAAGGACGUCCCCAUCGCCGCCGGCGUCACCGCCCGGCUCUACCUCCCAGCUGUCGACGCGCCAUCGAAGCUCCCCGUCUUCGUGUACUACCACGGCGGAGGCUUCUGCAUCGGCUCCGCCUCCUCCUCCAUCUACCACGUCUUCCUCAACACCAUCGUGUCCACAGCCAGCGUCAUCGCCGUGUCCGUGGACUACCGGCUGGCACCGGAGCACCUCAUCCCGGCGGCCUACGAGGACGCCUGGUGCGCGCUCCGGUGGGUGGCGUCCCACGCGGAGGGUGGCCCCGAGCCGUGCCUGGCCAAGGAUCGGACGGACUUCACGCGUCUCUUUCUGGCCGGGGACAGCGCCGGGGCGAACAUCGCGCACAAUGUGGCGAUGCGCGUGGCCGCGGAGGGGCUCGGCGUUGGCGGUGCGAGGGUGGAAAGCAUGGUGCUGCUGCACCCCUACUUCUGGGGGACGACGCGGCUGCCGUGCGAGGUGGGGCGCGUCGACCACCCGGUUAUCCCGCCGCACACCGUGGACAGCAUGUGGCAGCUGAUAACCGGCGGGGCGGACAACGACGACCCGAGGUUAAACCCGUUGGCGGAUGGGGCGCCGAGCCUGGCGGGGCUGGGUUGCAGGCGGGUGAUGGUGGCGGUGGCGGAGAAGGACACGUUGAGGGACAGGGGGAGGGCGUACUUCGAGGCUCUGAGGAAGUGCGGGUGGAGUGGGGAAGCGCAGCUGUGGGAGACGCAGGGAGAAGACCACGUCUUCUUCCUCUUCAAGCCAGGGUGCAAUGAGGUGUCUCUCUUGGUGCAGAAAUUGGUUAGCUUCCUGAAGGAGUAACCAUCCGUGGGUGAAUCAUAGAUUUGUGGAGAGAAAUAGAGAGAGGGAGAGGAAUAAAUGUGCCAUAAUAAGGGAUAAUAAUGUCAUCAAUCUUGCAUGAAC